AGAUAUUGUAUUGAUUUGACACACAUCAUAUUGUAUUGAUUUGACACACAUCUGAUUGACACAGAUUAAAAAUAUACAGAAAUGUAUACUUUAUAUACCUGACUGACUGAAUUGUUUGCUCCUUCAAUUUUAUUACCAAACGGUGUCUAUUAUAUACACGUAUCCGUUUAUAUAGCCGUACUGUACGUGUUUUCUAUUGACCUCUCUCUGGACAUGUGUUUUUGUUGAUAAGAUGGCGCAGUCAAAAGUCAAAAGAAAACGUGUUAGCGUAUCAGUAUCGUAUAAUUCUGGAAGUGAAGGUGAUAUCGAAAGUGAUGAAGGUUCACCAAUUCAUGAAAGUACAAAAAAGAAUAGAAAACCGAAGCUCAAGGAAACACCAGACGAAUUUGAGGAUGAAACUGAAGUGGAGGCUGGUGAAGGAUGGGCUGAUGCUAUGGCAAAAAUACUCCAAAAAACAGUCGUCAAUGAAGGGUCUGCCAUCUUAGCAAAAUCAAAGUCACACGAAAAAGAAAAAAAGAAGGAAAAAGAUGAAUAUGAAGAAAAAAGAAAAAUAAAAUAUACAAAGAAAGCGUGGGAAGAUAUAGCAUACGUAAAACCAAAUGUUGAACACAAGGAUAUAGAACGCAGUUUCCAGAGAACAGCUACCAGAGGUGUCGUUCAGUUAUUCAACGCUGUGAAAAAAGAGCAGAAGACACUGGAAUCAAAACUGACAGAAGUCGGAGCAUCUGAGAGAAAAAGGGCAAAGGUAGAGUCAUCGAUGUCUAAAGGUCAAUUCUUGAAUCUAUUGAAGAAAAGUGCCUCCAAAACACAGCAGGCAACUGGUGACAAAGAAACACAGGGUUCGUCAAAAAAAUCUGGUGCAACAUGGGAUGUAUUAAGAGAUAAUUUCAUGAUGGGAGCAACCCUGAAAGACUGGGAUAAAGAAAGUGAAAGCGAAACAGAAAAUAAUGACAGGACUUGAGAAAUAAAGACAUUUUAAAAUUGUAAUUAUAUAAUGAGAUUAUAAAAGGAGAUGGGCAUUGGUAACAUCAGUCCUCAAGUUUUCCAUGAGGAAAGUUGGUAGGAAUUAUUACUGGCUCUGGAGAGAAUGUCAUACAUCUGGGAAAAUUAUCCAUGUGGAAUGUUUAGCAAUCUUCACUGGCACUAAAGGCAAUGUCAUCCAUUGGGACAGAUUUCCAAUGUGGGAGGCUGCUAGCAAUUAUUACUCGCACUGAAGACAAUACCAUCCAUUGGGAUAA